AUCGUUGAUUUAGUUGCUGUUGGUAUUUGCUGUGCUUCAGUUCAGUUGUCUUUUUAAGAAAAUUAAAACUUAGUUGGUGUUUUAAAAGUUGUUGUAAAUUAGUAGUGUUUUUUGUGUUGUAUUGUGGUUUUUUCAAUUGUUUGUUAAUACUUUGUGUGAUUGUGCAACAAAAUAAACAAAACCAUGUCUUCCAAAUAUGCCUAUCAACUUAUUGAUGAAGAGUACCUUUUUGGUACUGGACAAGAUGUUGUUGAUUUUACUCCAACUGCCGAAAAUAUGUCUGAAGCCAAAUUAAUUUCGGGUACACAAGUGGCCAAUGAAAUACGUGAAUCUUUGAAACAACAGGUGUUAGAAUUGAAAAAUAAAUUACCAAAUUUUGCUCCCGGUUUACGUAUUGUCCAAGUCGGCGGUCGCGAGGAUUCCAAUGUUUAUAUUCGCAUGAAAAUUAAGGCUGCCAAUGAAAUAGGCAUUGCUGUCGAACAUGUUAAAUUGCCAAGUACUACAACAGAAUUGGAAUUGUUAGAUAAGAUCAAUUUCCUCAACAAUGAUCCCAAUGUUCACGGUAUCAUUGUACAAAUGCCUUUGGAUUGUGAGAAUAAAAUCGAUUCCCACAAAGUUACCGAUGCCGUUUGUCCCGAAAAAGAUGUCGAUGGUUUGCACACCAUGAACGAGGGACGCGUUUCGAUUGGUGAUUUAAGCGGUUUUAUGCCCUGUACUCCUUGGGGUUGUAUUGAAUUGAUCAAACGUUCGGGUAUACAAAUUGCUGGUGCUAAUGCUGUCGUUUUGGGACGUAGUAAAAUUGUGGGUACACCAGCUGCUGAGCUUUUGAAAUGGCAUCAUGCUACCGUCACAGUUUGUCAUUCAAAGACCAAGAAUAUUGAGGAUAUUUGCCGUACUGCUGAUAUUUUAGUUGUCGGUAUUGGUGUACCAGAAAUGGUUAAGGGAUCUUGGAUUAAACCUGGUGCUGUGGUAAUCGAUUGUGGUAUCAAUGUAAAGCCAGAUCCUACCAAAAAAAGCGGCACUUGUUUGGUGGGUGAUGUUGAUUUUAAAGAAGCUAAAUUAGUAGCUUCUGCUAUAACUCCUGUACCUGGUGGUGUUGGUCCCAUGACCGUAGCCAUGUUAAUGCAAAAUACUGUACGUUCAGCUUUUACAGCAGCUGAGAAAUUAUUGAGAAAGACAUGGGAUUUGUCACCAUUGACAUUGAGACCCGCUAGACCAGUACCCAGUGAUAUUGUUGUAGCUCGUUCUCAGACACCCAAGAAUAUUUCAUUAUUGGCCAAGGAAAUCGGUUUAAUCGGUAAUGAAGUGUCUUUGUAUGGCAAUAAAAAGGCUAAGAUUGCUUUAAGUGUUUUGAAACGUUUGGAGUCAAGAGGUGAAGGUUCAUAUGUUGUGGUAGCGGGCAUCACACCCACUCCCCUCGGCGAGGGUAAAAGUACCACCCUUAUUGGUUUAGUACAAGCUCUCUGCGCCCAUAAAAAACGUAAUGCUAUCGCCUGUAUGCGUCAACCCUCACAAGGUCCCACUUUUGGUAUUAAGGGUGGUGCCGCCGGUGGUGGUUAUGCCCAAGUUAUACCCAUGGAAGAAUUUAAUCUACAUCUUACUGGUGAUAUUCAUGCUGUCACUGCUGCCAAUAACUUAGUGGCUGCUCAAUUGGAUACACGUAUUUUCCAUGAAAAUACCCAAAAAGAUCAGGCACUCUACGAUCGUUUAGUGCCUCGCAUUAAGGGUGAAAGAAAAUUUUCGAAAAUCCAAUUGAGACGUUUGCAACGUUUGGGUAUUCACAAGACAGAUCCUGAUAGCUUAACUGAUGAGGAAAAGGGUAAAUUUGCCCGUUUAGAUAUUGAUCCUGAUACCAUUAUGUGGGAACGUGUUGUUGAUAUGAACGAUAGAUAUUUGAGACAAGUAACUAUUGGUCAAUCUGGCACCGAAAAAGGUUUCACACGUACCACUUCCUACUCCAUCUCGGUGGCUAGUGAAAUUAUGGCAGUUUUAGCUUUGGCCAAGAAUAUGGAAGACAUGAAGGAUAGAUUAUCGAAAAUGGUUGUGGCUUUUGACCGUAAAGGUGACCCCGUAACAGCUGAUGAUUUGGGUUGUACCGGCGCUUUAACUGUUUUACUUAAGGAUGCUUUAGAACCCAAUCUAAUGCAAACUUUGGAGGGUACCCCCGUUAUGGUACAUGCUGGCCCAUUUGCCAAUAUUGCUCAUGGCUGCUCUUCGAAUGUGGCCGAUGAGAUUGCCCUGAAAUUGGUGGGUGAGGAAGGUUUCGUGUGCACUGAAGCCGGUUUUGGUUCUGAUAUUGGUAUGGAAAAAUUCUGCAAUAUUAAAUGCCGUUCUAUGGGUCGCAGUCCAAAUGCUGUUGUUUUGGUAGCCACCGUUAGAGCUUUGAAAAUGCAUGGUGGUGGUGCUCCUGUUACAGCUGGUGCUCCUCUGAAUAAACAAUAUACCGAAGAGAAUUUGGAAUUGUUGGAGAAAGGUUUACCCAAUUUAUUGCAACACAUUUCGAAUGGUCGUACUUUCGGUUUGCCCGUCGUUGUGGCUAUUAAUCGUCAUAGCUCUGACACUGAUGCUGAACACGAGUUGGUUAAAUCGGCUGCCCUUAAAGCUGGUGCCUUUGCUGCUGUCGUUUGUACUCACUGGAGUGAUGGUGGUGCUGGAGCUACUGAAUUGGCUGAGGCUGUUAUUAAUGCCUGCAAAAAUUCCCAUAACUUCCAAUAUCUAUAUGACAAUGAAUUGUCGUUGUUGGACAAAAUGAAUACCAUUGCCCAAAAAAUGUACGGUGCAGCUAAAGUGGAACUAACGCCUAAAGCACAAAGUGCUAUGGAAAAAUUAACUAAAGCUGGUUUUGGCAAUUUACCCAUUUGCAUGUCUAAGGUAGCCGGUUCGCUUACCGGUGAUGCUGCCAUUAAGGGCGCUCCUAAGGGUUUCACUUUAACCGUUAGCAGCAUGCAUGUUUCUGCUGGUGCUGGUUUUGUCGUAGCCAUGUGUGGUGAAAUCACUAAAAUGCCUGGUUUACCCACACGUCCCAGCAUUUAUGAUAUUGAUUUGAAUACUGAAACUGGUGAAAUUGAAGGACUUUUCUAAAUGCAAAAGAAACAUCAAUUUAUUUUGUAUAUUUGUGGACAAAAUUAUUUGUAUUUUUUAAUAUAAUUACUCUUUUUAAUUAAUUAAGCUGAUAUUGUGUAAAGUUUAAAAUAUUUGUUAAAUGUAAAUAAAUUGUAUAACAUGUUUUAAUAACGGUUUUUAUCCAAAUCUUUUUC